GACGCACACGUUGAGAGAAAGAACUGGACACAGACACACACACAGAGGCAGAGUUUUUUGAAUUAAAGAGAAGUUUUCUGAAAACAGCGAAACACCGAAACAGAAAGAGGAGAGAAUUGAGGGAGGGAGUUUUUGAAAAUUAUGGGAGACGUGAUACUGUACGUGGAGGAGGAUUUGAAAACAUGCUCGGCAGUUUCGCUCUGCAGGAUUUGCCAUGAAGAAGAAACCGGAAGCUCCGAUAAGACCAUGGAAGCUCCCUGUGCAUGCUCUGGAACCGUUAAGUUUGCACACAGAGAUUGCAUACAGAGGUGGUGUAAUGAGAAAGGCAAUACAAUCUGCGAAAUAUGUCUUCAGAGUUAUGAACCAGGAUACACAGCACCACCGCCAAAGAAGAUGCAGAUAGAUGACUCAGCAGUAACAAUUAGAGACAGCGUGCAGGUUCCGAGAAGAGAGCUAGAGCAAGAGGAGGAGGAGGAGGAGGAGGGCGCAGGAAGCCCUAGAUUAGCAAUAGAAAAUGGCUACUCUUCUUCUCAAUGCUCGUAUGCGGCUGACAGAAGUGCAUCUUGUUGUCGAUCUCUCGCUCUCCUUUUUACGGUGGUGUUGCUGGUGAGGCACCUCUUUGUGGUGCUUACCGGUUCCGACGAAGAUUACCCCUUCACGCUUCUAACUGUGCUUAUUAUAAAGUCUAGUGGGAUUAUCCUGCCAAUGUACAUAUUAUUUCGAACAAUCACAGCCAUCCAAAACAGCAUACACCGCCAGUAUCAUCGAUAUCAUCGUUAUGAACAAGGAGGCUCUGAAGAUGAGACUGAUAGCGAAGACCUGGCUGACAAUGAAGAAGCUCAACAUCAUAUAGUAUGACACAAUCUCUAAUUGUAUUGUUUUUCCUUCCAUUCAUUUGUAACAAACAGAGACAGCAGAGAGCAUCGUAUCAACGCUCACCUGUCUCUGACGUACAUACAAAAUGAAAUACUAUCGAUUCUUUUUUCU